CAUUCAUUAUAGAAGGGGAGUAUAGUACGAGUGGAAGACUCCAUCCCUAGCCAUCCGAGCUCUUUCCCAAUAUGAAUUGGGCUAUGGUUUUAGGUUUGUGAAUUGUAAAUAGACUAUCGUGGAUAUUAUAUUUUUGUUAUGUCUCAUGCAUACAAUUACCUGGAGGUGUAAUGCAUAGCAUAAAAGUGAAUGGGUUUUGCUCUUUUUUGCAUCACAACAAUACGAAAGACAGAGCUAGCAAAUGCUUUGAUCUUAGAUCCAUUAUGACUAACAAGUGUUUGUGGAGGUAUGAUGUAACUACAUUACUACAAAAAUUCUUUUAAGGUUAGAUAUGAGGAAAACACCUCUUGUGAGUCUUAUCCAAGAAGCUCAAAGUUGUGACCUUUAAAAGAAAAAAAACUUGUUAAAAAAGAAUCAUAGGAGCAAGGAAUUGAGUACUUAAGAUAUUGAUAGUAUAACCUGAAUGUCAGUAGAAUGCGUGGGUGUUAGCAGUUGCGAUCUUUUGAAGUCUCAAGAUGCAAUGAGCUUUGCCAAACAUGCUCUCAGAGUCAGUGUACCAUUGAUAAAUGAAAUAUUUGAAGAUACUAUGGCUGCCUGUAUUCCUAAUAUAACCGUGUUACUGUUUUGACAUUGUUUCUACCAAGUAUCAAUUGCAUGUGUAUUUUAAUCAAUUAGAAUUCACAAGUGAAAACUCAAUGUAUGAACUAUAACUUGUUCAUGCACCUAAAAUACUAAUAGCUAGGUGAACUUUGGCUUUCUACUAAAGUAUAUUACAACAUUUACUACAACGGUAUACUGGUAUUUUUCUUCCAGGGUUGCUCUUCACUUUGUUAGUGAGAUGCAGGACAAAGCUCAGAAGAAUUUUGAAGCCAGCAGAGACCGAGCAUUUCCGGUUUUUGGUGUUGGGGUUGCGUUUGUUAAUGAACAAUCAGUUUCAACAGACCAUUGUCAUGAGUUUGAUAUAGCAAUAGAAGAUAUGAAGCUGAUUGUGUCAAAUUUGGCUCCGCCACUGAAAAAGUUCCUUGUUGUCCCUAUUGAGUCUGUCUACACAUUAGAACCUUCUAAUGGAAGAGAACGGCUGAAAAAGUUGAUUAAUACUAUAAACGAUACAACUGGGAAAGAAGAUCUCCUGGAGCAUUUGCGCAUGUUGGCCUUGCAAAAGGUUGCUCUGGAAAAUGGAUACACCAAAAUUGUGUUAGGCAAGUGCACAUCAAGGAUUGCUUGCCAUGUACUUGAAGCAACCGUCAAGGUGUUGGCGCUUAAAAAAAAAGAAGAAAAGUCAAGGGGAUGAGAGUCCAUUUGCAAGUCGUCAACCGGUUGGUUAGAUUCAAAAUGGUCCGGUUGUCCACUUGAGGGAGAGUGUUAGAGUUAUCGCACACUCGAAAAAAGAGAAGAAACUAAUCGGUAUAUAAGCUUUUGAGUUGAACUAACUAAUCGAUCAGAUUUAAUCUUUUAAUGUGGUUCAAUCAAAGUGUCUUAUGACCCAAUUCAGUAACUCAUUCCCCAUCAUAAAUUCUAUCAAUAACAAUAUAUGACAAGUGUGUUGUAGUUUCCAUGGGAAAUAUAAGAUGAGCUUCACAAGAUCCCUGCAAAUAAUACUCCUAGUUGACAGCCUAAUGCUGAAGAAUGGAAAUUGUUGUUCUUAUAUAUCCCCAUAGAGUUUCUAGAAUGAAAGCCAUCGUAAAGUCUUUAAUAGAGGGAGUUUAUGCGGGUGAGAAUUGUUCAUUAUGAAUGAGAAGUACUCACUAUGUUGGCAUCUCCAUCCUAUAUUACUUGUUGAAUAUGUUUGCAGAGAAAAAGUGAACGUAACAAAUAAUACCACCACCCCCAUCAGUAACUAUGUUUGUGUGCACAAAAAUGUGUAAAAUAUAAACUAGGAUGCCUCACUUGCUAAUCAUAGUCUUAUUAAAAUUUGCAAGUUGAUGCAUUGAAGUGAUGAAUACCUUAAAGCUGGAGUAAUUUGCAUAGUGAACACGUGGUGUCUUCAACUGUAUAUUCAGCUUACUAAUAAUAGAGGGAAAAGGUUACUCGCUAGCUGCAGAUAUCCAGUACGUUGAUGCAAGGUGGGAAGUCCCAGUAGUGCUCCCCCUUCGUGAUUGUUUCUCUCAUGAGAUUGACUUGCUGUGCUGCCUGGAAAGUUUAAAGACAGUAGAAGUGUUUCAUGGUAAACGUUCUGGUAUCAAUGGUCUGGUCUCCUCAUUUGUGAAGUUAUUGCAGGAGGAGAAUCCUUCCAGAGAGAGCACAAUUGUAAGAACGGCUGGAAAGCUUACCCCUUUUCAUUUCAAUAGGAUUCCAGAAGAUAGUAAAUCUCAUGGUCCUGCAGCAUCUCAGAGGAGGCAGAGGAAGCGCAUUCUCAAAACAGAUAAUUUGCUUUCUCAAGAGUCACUUUGUCCUGUAUGCAACAGUCCAAUCAAAAUGACCGACUUAACAACUACGACCCAUUCUGAGGAUGUUCAAACAAGUGUGGAUCUUAUGGAGUUAUGCUGCUUGAGUUGCCGGUUCCAGAUUUUACCUGCAGAGCUCUCAUCUUUGAACCUUUUUCAUUCCUUCCUACCAGACCCAAUAGUUGCUCGAGCAAAUGAUGCAAGGUCUUUAAAUCAUAGUUGGCUAAGGGAGCAAAUAGAGGACUGCUUGCUCUCAGACACUGAAGAGGAGGCCUAAACAUGUGUUAUAAACUCAGCUCGCGGAGCAAGAAAUUGGCAGGAUAUCAAAGACCACCGUUCAUAUUCAAAUUUGGUCCGUGUUUGUAGUUCAUUAUGGUCUGUUUGGCAAAAUUCCUAGAACUGUUCUUGAAACUAGUUAACUAGAAGAACUGUUUGUGAUUCUUCUAGCUGAUUAUGAUUAUUAAUUAUUUUAUAAAACACUAUCCAAAAUAAUCUCAACUGUAUCUA